CUAGAGUCAGUUGGGCUGAGACCCUGGGCCAACUGUCAGAAGGGGAAGGCUGAGGUGGAAGAGUUUGGGGCUGUGGCCAUGGAAUCCUCUGCAGGGCCUGGGACGCCUUUGCCCAAAUACUGCAGUGUGGCGAGGACCCUGAAGUCCCCUUCCUGGACUGGCCCUGCCCCUCCCUGGGGACUCUCCUUCACCUGCCCCUUUGCCAUUUGGCACAACCCACUCUCCAGAUAUGUGUCUUACCACCCAUGUCUCCACAUUGCUGACUCAGCAUGGCAGGGGCCUGGCUGGUUGAGAAGAGUGGGAAAUGCUGCUGACACAUGGGUCCUGGCAAGAAGGGGACCAGAUGGCUUUUAUUACCGGGCUCAGAUAAAGACUGCUCCAGAGUUGGAGAGAUGGGGGGCCCUGGUGGUGGAAUUCGAGGUUCCCCUCAUCACAGACCCAAAGCUGCCAGCCCAGCGGCAGAACGUGGUCUUAGAAGAUGAUGUCAUUCAGUUCUUGCCAUCCGUGGAAUGCUCGCUGCGACCUGGGGACAAGGUGCUUGCCCUCUGUGAGCCAGAUGAACAGCGGUAUGGCCCUGGCACCGUUCUCUUGGCCUCGGAGGCAGGAGACCCCCAGAGAGCAUCAAAAGGAGAAAUUACUGUUCACUUCUGGAAUGGCAAGACAGCUACUGUGCCUCGAGGCGGGGUCAGGUGGGUGCCCCCGGCUGUCUGGAAGAAGGCUGUGGAGAGGCUGCACAAGCCUUUCACCAAGGGGCGCCCCAGCACCCUUCUCUGGGCCCCUUGCUGCUCUCUGCUGGGACCAGCCACGGGGUGUGUCACCAACGGGCUUUUUCUGGGCACUCCAUCCCUGUGUCUUCCCUGCGUCCCCCAGGCCUGCUGCCAACUGCUAUGCCAGGGCUGCCUCUGCUCUUGCCCCUUGGCUGGACCUACCUGGUGGCCUCUAGCCAGGGCCUCGGGGGUCACAGCCAAAGAACAUCCAGAGGUGGAACUGAAGCCCAUGGCACAGCAUUUGCCCCUAGACAGUCCCAGAGAAGAGGAAGGAGCAGUGCAAGCUCCCCUGGGUGUUUCUUCUUCUUCCUCUUCCUCUGAAGAGGAUUUGGAGAAUGAUCUGCAGAUGGGCCUCCCCCAGAGGCUGACAGUGGACAGCACAGUCAACACAGACCCCAUCCUUCUUGAGAAGUCUCCGAGGAGAAAAGGUGGCCUCUGCCAGCCCGAGUGGAGGUACUGGAGGAGAAACAGGUCUGAGUCGCAUCCUGGGAAGCCAGGAACAAGACAUGGAUCCAUCUGGAGAGAAAAGAGGGACAACAAACCACCAAGGGUACAGAGUGUAGUGCUGGGGAAUACGAAGGAGCUGGUCCUGGAAGCAAGCGGCAUGAAGCCACCACAGAUCGUGCCAGAGGACGGUGAACACAGAAAAUGGCGUCAGGGAACAGUGACACAGCAAAAGGACCAGGACGCCCUCAGAUUGAAAGCCCAGAGCAGCCAGGAAGGCAAAAGAGCAGUGGUGAUAACUACCUGAGGAGGUGCUGCUAAGUGGCCACCAAG